AUGGAUGACUUGGAAAAAUGUUUCGACAUGCUAAAUUCAAUAAAAAAAGGAGAUACGCAAAAAGUAAGAGACAUAAUAGACGAAUUUGGUUUAUCAUUCUGUCCAUUGCUGGAUGAUGGGUAUCCACUACUUAUUGCUGCCGCUGGAAAAAAUCAAAUAGAAAUGGUGGCAUAUUUAUUGCGAAAUAAUGCAAAAGUUAACAGCAAUUGUAAAGUCCUGUCACCUCUUCAGAUAGCCGCCAUGAACAACAACACGAUAAUUUUCAAAAUGCUUCUGGAACGCGGCGCUAAAAUAAGUAAUAACAAUAUUCAUAAUAAUAAAUCACCAAUUAAGUUAGCAGUUGAGCACAACAAUAUUGAGAUCGCAAAACUUAUCGUUGAGCACAAAAAUUUUGGAAAAAAAUAUGACCGGUCAUUACUGCAUGCGGCUGUCAAGAAUAAAAACUCGGCAAUGGUCUCAUUAUUAUUAGAAAUUGGUGCGGAUGUCAAUGAAUAUGAUGAGGACAGAUCAGCUCCAAUCCAUCACGCAGUAAUGGCCUUCAACAAUGAUAUUUUGCAAUUAUUAUUAGAUUAUGGAGCAGAUAUUAAUGCUAAAAAUAAAUAUGGUGACACUCCAGUUUGUUUGGUUCUAAUGCAUUCGUAUAACGUCAUUUAUGUAAAACAUAUUUCUAGAACGUCUUUAUUACUUGGCAAUACACAGAAUAAUAGUAUAUUGGAUAUUCUCCUAGAUAACGAUGCAGACAUAAAUGGUCUUGAUAUCUGUAAAUAUCUUCCACGUAGUACUCCUGAAAUUAGCGCGCAUCUUCAUGCUAAUCCUAGUCUUGAAGACGAUAUUUCGGAAAAUAAAAAACACAUUAUUAAACAGAUUGUAAAAUUACGAAGUCGAAAUGCCCCUCCAUCUUAUAACAAUAAUGUAUUAUUGUCUUCUCUUCUUAAACACAAACCGUUUGAUGAUUAUAAAAAAAUAUGUGAGCAAGAAAUGUCGAGAGCAAUGAUGGAAAAAAUACCAAACUCGGGGAUUUCAUUCCAUAAUAUUUUGAGCAAAAAUAGUAAUUUUUUAGCUGCGUAUGCAAAAAAUAUAAAUCAUCAGACGUUCAUAUUUUCGGGUGAAGUUUCACGUCGAUUUCCGGUUUAUGGAUCGGCGAUAAAACUUCGCUUUUCGAAAGGAUUAGCAAGGAAAAAUUUAUUGGAAAAAAGCACUAAAAUUUUUCAUAAUCUUUUUCCCGUUGCGUCUAAAUUGUUGUCUGAUGGUGUCGAUGAUGUAUUUAAAUGUUUAGAUAAUAAUGAUUUAAGACAUUUUUUGCGCACGUUCCCGCAAGAUAACUAA